AGUCAUUUCCUUUUAAGUGACCACAUCGUAACAACACAAAUAACACAAUGCAAGUAAAGAAUAAGGUCAAGUUAAAGGACAAGAAUGUGGCAUUGACCAUGGUUCCUGAAGAUUCUGAGGAUUUAUGGUAUCUCUACAACUUGUUAAAAGUGGGGGAUGUUGUUCAAAUAUUGACACAUAGAAAUGUAAAGAAGGGGAACGCCAAUCAAGUUCAAAAGGGAAAAAGUAAAAUGGAAAAGGUGUUACUUAGAUUGAAACUUCUCGUAGAAGAUAUUGAUUAUAUUGCAUCUGAUCAAACUAUGAGAGUCAAUGGUAAGUCCUUGGAACAGCAAGAAUUCGUCCCCUUGAACAGUUACCAUACUGCUGAAGUUGAAUUGAAUAAGGAAAUCACAAUCAUUAAAGAAAGCUGGGAUGAAUAUGAUAUGAAAUUGUUGGAUGAUUUAUGUUCCAUUGAAAAGAAGGCCGAUAUUGGUGCAGUCAUAUUCCAAGAAGGGGUAGCCCAUAUUUGUUAUGUGACUGACACCAUGACUGUAUUACAAGCUAAAGUUGAAAAAUCAAUUCCUCGUAAGAAUAACGAAUAUGGAACGAGAGAUUUGGACAAAGCCAUGAAUUCAUUUUAUAAUAUGGUUAUACAGACUAUGGUGAGACAUUUCGAUAUGAACAGAUUGAAAGUUGUUGUAUUGGCAUCGCCAGGAUUCCUUGCAAAGACAUUAUACGACAGAUUAAUACAACAAUGUUUGGAUUUACGAAAUUCAGGAAAAGAAAACAAGCAAUUUCAAGAGAUAUUAGACAACAAGGGUAAAUUCUUGAUUGCUCAUUCAUCUACUGGGUAUUUACAAGGAUUAGAAGAAGUGUUGGCAGAUUCAGACACCAGAAAGAGAUUGGCUGAUACAAAAUUCGCCGAGGAAUCAGAUGCAUUACUGCGUUUCCAACGUGCAUUAAACAAUGAUGAUGGCCGUGCAUGGUAUGGUCUUGAAGAAGUUAGCAAAGCACUUAAUAUGGACGCUGUGAGAUAUUUAAUGGUUACUGAUGAAUUAUUUAGAAGUGAUGAUAUUGAAACCAGAAGACAGUACAUUGAGUUGACGGAACAAGCCAAAAGGAACGGUGCUGGUGUGUAUAUAUUUUCCAGUUUACAUGAAUCAGGAGUACAAUUGAAUCAAUUGACUGGUAUUGCUGCUCUUUUGAAGUAUCCAAUACCAGAUCUUGAUGAUACCGAUGAGGAGAACGACGAAUAAUAUUUCUAUAAUACACUAUUUACAAUUAUUUAUGAUUUAGCUUAUGCUUGUAGUUUAGGUUGGCUGUUGAAUCCUAGUUUUUCCAAAUACCAUAUUCUUCCUCGCCUUUGUGAUAUUAAGAAAUCUUGCAUUAAUCCAAGACCAAGACCCAUGGCAGUACCUCUGAAUAUAAGCUUCUUCAGCUGUCUUGCACUUAAUUGGUGAGUAGCAACAUAUGUUGAAGUUAGUACAGCUGCCGCACAUGUAGUAUUUAUAAAAUCGAUGCUGUUUCUUGACCAAUCGAGAAGGUAUUCCAAUCCAAAGAAACAUCCAAUAACGGCAGAAUAUUUCAAACUCAGAUAUGCACCACUUUUAACUCCCGAAACCAACAUAACGUAGUUUUUCUUCUUGUGGUAAAAGUACCAACCACCAACGGUAGUUGGUAGUCUGUGUCCGUUUUCAAUUAAAUAUCGUAAUGAUGCAAGUUUUAUUCCAUCGUAAAAGCCAACCCCUGCCCCGACUAUAGCACUGGUCACUACCAAGGCGUAUAUUCUGUCUUUAGGAUACAUGUGAAAUCUCUCAUCCUUUUUUAAGUCUAUUUUGACUUCUGUCUCUUGGACAGAAACGUCUAUUGUGUCGGUCAUCAACCUUGUUGCGUUU